AUUAAUUAAUUAAUUAAAAAAAAAUUGUAAACAAAUUAAUUUUUACCGCAAACAACAACAAGUAGUGGUCACUAUUACCGCCGCCGCCGAUGACCACAACAACAACAACCAAUAGAUCGAUGUCAUCGUCACCGAAACGACAGCGUCGGCCAUCAUCUGAGGACAAUUGCCGACAACAACAAUCGCAACAACAACGGGACUCGUUUGACCGUUUCGGCGACGAUUUGGCCGAACUAUUGUUAGGUUAUCUCGGGUUUGACCGGCGUGUCGGCUGCGAGUGUGUUAGUCGCCAGUGGCGCCGUAUAGUCUAUCGUACUCAACGUGAACUCCGAUUUGGCCACACGUAUAGUUCGUCGGCUCCGCGACCGCAAACGUGGCGCCAAUUUGAGACAAUUGUACGCAAAUGUUCGGUCGGUUCGAUCACUCGUCUAGAGUUUACCGACGAUGACUAUCCGCUGAACGAUCACAAACUGACGGCAAUUAUCAAACAUUUACCGCAUUUGCUUCACGUGUCCGUCGAAAGCUACGGUCAAGUUAGACGUCAGACUUGGAACAAAUUUUUCGACCGAUUCGGCCGACAGUUGCGGUCAUUGCGUGUGGAUCCGCAUCGCGAAGAUAUCGACUACUUCCAAAACCGUAUCGGCAAGUAUUGCCCGAAUUUGCGGUCACUGGACAUAACCAAUCCGUAUAGCGAUAGGUGUUUUCAUUAUUUGACCGACGCCGCCGCCACCGAUGGCCACCAAACAACAACAGUGUUUAAUCAGUUACAGAGACUAUCGUUACUCUACGCCAACAAAGACACCGAUCGUUUCGAGCGAUUUGUGGCCAACUAUGGCCGAACAAUGCGAACCGUAUCGGUAAUGACCAGCUUUAGUCUCAAUCGGGUGGCCAGCGAUAUAUUGUUGACUGGAUUGUCGCAAAUGUCUCGACUGGUAUCCAUUGAAAUCAAAUACUAUCCGAGUCAGACGUUUUCGGUAUCAAUUGGCCGACUAUUGCCUCGGAUCGGCCAAAAUUUAAGUCAACUGAAACGAUUGUCCAUUGAAUGGUAUCACGCGGACGGCCAGCAUAUUGUCGAAGUGAUCGACACAUUGAACCGGAAUUUUCGGCACAUCCAGCGUCUGGAGCUAAAGGGUAUGAUUUACAAUGAAUCGCAACCGAUGUCCGCACCGUUAGACCAGUUAACCCGAUUGACACAUCUCAAGCUUAACGUACAUAAUUUGGUGGUCGGCGAUCAGCCACUGUUGGCCCGUAUCGACCGACUGUUUCCACGUCUACGGUAUUUGUUUGUUACCGAAGCCGAUCUGUCGCCGGAGGCGUUGAAAUCGUUGUGCCGAUUGAAACGUAUUCAAUAUGUUUAUAUAACAUUUCCCGGCGAACAGUUGGACAUUACGGUCAUCAGAGAUACAUUGUUGGCCAGUUGUCCGACAAUUAGAGAGGUUUCAUCUAACUGUGCACUCAAUUAUCUAUUUUAG